UUUGGUUUUAUUUUAGUUCGAAGCGACAGUAAACAUUGCAAAGUUCAGAAGGUCAGGUGUGUUGUCCUGAAAUGGGAAUUGAGUAAACAGUCCUGACCCUCUUUGCAAGUGAUAUUUUAGCUGAAAAUGUGUUGCUGGAAAAAUGCAGCAGGUCAGGCAGCAUCCAAGGAACAGGAGAAUCGAUGUUUCGGGCAUAAACCCUUCUUCAGGAUAUUUUAACCAAUUUCAAAACUUAGAUUAUGUAGGCACCCUUUCGACUGAAAUUCCAGGCCCAUUCUCUAAUUUGGUAAGUGCCUGGCGACUUGAUGUGCAGCAAUGGUGGCUAUUAGGGACAAGAGGUAUUGUACACCAUUAUCAUCCCAUUCACAGGCAAAUUUGUUUUAAUAUCGGCGGACGCCACAAGGCUAGACACACCCUCGUAAAUGCUGAAACACACAGUGGCCAGGAUUAAUGAGUCGCCUGAGGAUUAUAUAGAUGUGGGUUGGAUCAUUAGUUCUGCCCUGACUGAUCCUUCAGCUGUUCCUGCCUCAUGCACAAGGAGUUGCUCCCCAGUACAGGCAGGAUGGUGCUCGGCGCUGCAUUCGCUUGCUGCCUGUUCCUGAGCCUCCCUCGGGCUCAAUCUGCCUUCCCUGCUGCUUCCCCUUCCCCGUCCCUGGAGGCCGGCCCCUUCUACGAUUUCCUCAGCGGCAGCCUGGAGCUGGACCUGAGCGAUGACACCCUGGAUUCCGCCAUCAACAAGAGGAUGGGCAGGAGAGAGACCUUCCUAGGGCUCAGGCACCCACACUGCUCCAAGUCCAGGGAGAGCUGGUCCUCCAGUUCCAGCGGCCUGGCCGAAGUCACCGACACAGUCAAGUAUAGAGUAACCAUCACCACCGCCUCGACUGAACCCCCCUGGAAAGUUUUCCCAUUGUGGCACCUCCUGAUGUUCAUGAAGCGGUUUUACAGCUGCUGCAAACUGGGCUAUCCCUGUAAGAAGAUAAGAGGCUACCAGGGGCGUUUAAUUGGGCAUGACGAGAGGAAGAUGGAAUUCUUCCUAAGGCCGGAGUAUUUGAAUCUGAAUGUACUCCGAGCACAACUGAACUUGCACAUUGCCAACCCAGAUCGAGUGAUGCUGGAGGCAGAGAUCAGAUUAAAAAUGCAAGGCAUCACAGCUACCAAAACCACACGUAACAUCACCUGGCACAAACACGAUGAAUCCGAGCUAGCCUUCGACACGUUGUUCCUCUUCAAGAUGAUGAAGGAGGCACAUUUUAAGGAAGGUGGUGGGACAAUCGAGUUCUCCCUAAUACUGAAGUGCUCUCAGGGCAAUACAGCAUUGUCAUGCAGCGAACAUGGGGUCAGUGUGUUGCGUGCACCUUUCAUGGCCAUUGGUUACAUUUAACACACUCCAUUAAAGAGGGCGUGCAUCACAAUCUUUCCUGUUCAGCCGACUCAGCUGAAUAAAUGCAUGGACAGCUGAGGCUUGGUAUUGGAAUUGGCAGUUUUACCAGUUUGCACCAGCUUUAUUGCCCUCAUAAUGGAACCCCUCUUUAGCGGGAUUCCUGAUGGUCAAUCUUCCUCUUCAAGUGGGGUUUCUGAGCUGAAGCUCAAUGUCUACUUGCUCUUUAGUUAAGGGUCUGAAUGGUGUCCCUCACCAUUAACAGCGAUCCUGAAAGCAAGACAAAUUCUACAAAGUACAGGGUGACAUGGUGGCUCGGUGGUUAGCAUUGCUGCCGCACAACGCCAGGUACCCGAGUUUGAUCCCAGCUUGGGUGACUGUGUGGAGUUUGCAUGUUCUCCCCGUGUCUGCGUGGAUUUCCUUCAGGUGCUCCG